AUGUCGUAUGGGGAUGAUAGACCUUCCUUGUCAGCUAUAUUUUUACAUCAAUUGUGGAUGCCUGCCAUUCUCUUUGCCAGGCUUAUGGUUGAACUGAAAAGCCUUAACUGCUCUUACAGCUUCUGGAUUGCGGUGGUCGUAAAUUACAAAGACUUGGCACUUACAGAAUAUGCUAGAGUGGGAAGAGCAAUAGCCUUGUAUGAGGUUGGUGACAGGGGCCAGGCAAUAGCGGAGAUGGAGGAUGUUUCAAUAUCUUUAAAAGGAUAUCCAGGGGGGGGUUCAGAAGUGCAUGCAGCUCUAGCGGCAGCUCUAUAUGUGGAUAAGCAUGCUCUACUGCUGGCAGAAAACCAAUUUACAAUCGCAACUCUUCUUGAUCCUCACUAUACAGACCUCUCGUACGUAAGAGAAACAAAGCAUUGGCCUCCGAGUUUGGUUAGUUCUUUGGAACAUUUUAUCACACUUUCAUAG